AUUCUGAUAUUUACAACAAAACUCUAUAUUAAAUCUACUCUAAAUGUUAAAUUGAUAAGAAAAUAGUGUGACUAAGUCAUAGUAUAACAUUACCGCGCUAUUAUUCAUAAAUUUUCUCUCAUAACAUAAUUUGUAUCAAUAGCUAUCGUAAUUUUAGUAUUCUCUGAGAGAGAAACUGUAAAAAGAGUUGUUUUUAAGGCAUUCAAUUUUAAAAUGUGAAUAUUUCUGCUUGCGUAAAUAUUAGUGAACAAAAGUAAAUUAUUUAGACAACAAUUUGAAGGCACACUGUUAAUGAUACACUAAGUGAAAAGUUUUCGGUCAAAUUGAAAUCUAUUUUGUUGUACGAAUAUCACACCGUUGCGUGUAAUAAUGUGAUUUGUUUAUACAUUUUUCAUUUCUACAAACAACAAUUAAAAAAAAUAUGCUCUUUAUUGAAAAAAACUUGUAUUUUAUUGCUUCCUCCGAAUAUUUGGUGUGCAUUUUACUCGCUAGGCUCUCAACCGCACGGUACGCACUGUACGCAUAUCUAUCUCUGCUUCUUUAGGUCAAUUUGUUUUUUAUUAGUUUUAAGUCAACUAUAUCGUUUUUUGGGAGAUAUGUCCUGAUAUUGUUACUUUUAAAUUAAAUGUCGUGAACAAUAUGAAUACUGACGUAAAUUCUACCCGUACCGUUGAAAGCAACGUAGCUCAAGCAGACGGAAAACCGGCUGCCAACUCUGAAGUUAAUUUCGCAACAACGCCUGAGGUGUCAUCGAACUCGUCAUGUCUACGUGUAGAUUCUAAAAUGAUACUGCAGAAUAUGGAAGAGGUUUUACACACAGUGAAGAAACAACAUCGAGAAAAACAUCGCCGUAAGAAAGAGCAAAAGAAGAUGACCCUUACGGAAGCCUCGACGACAACACAAUAUAUAGCGUCUCAAAAUAGUAUGAGCAAAAUGGAGAAGUCCAAGCAUAAACAUCGACACAAAGAACGAGUUAAAAUAAAAAAAACACCAUUAAGAGAAGGUUGCAGUCAAGAGAAUAUUAAUGUAUCAUUGCAGAGUUCUUCUGGAAAUGGAACCAUAUUACAACACUUUCAAAGAUCUCCAAAAAAGAGCUUUUCAUCCGGCAUAACGCAAAAAAAUAAUGGAAAUGAAAUUGCUGAAAUACUGACUGAAGAUGAAAGCAGUGAAAAGUGUGAAACCAGCGAGGAAAAUAUGCGCGUCACAAACGCGUUUGAAGUUAUGAUGAAUGCCCGCAACAAAUCGAGGGGUUCAAAUAGCCCAGGUAAAGAGCAAAAGUCGCCAGACGUCGUGAAUGAAGAGCACUCGGAAUUCAAUGUUAAACGCAAAAGUAAACUUCAGGAAUGGGAUGAGAGGAAAGGUGCCGUCAAGCGUAGAAUGGAAGAAGAAGAUCAUGAAAUAUAUGUUGAGGAGCAAUUAGACGCGAAAGCUAAAAGAUUUAAGGAAAUGCUGAUUAAUGGAGGGAAGAAUACAACUGCCUCUACUGCCGUAAAAUCUGAGGAAUCUGAAUCUUUGAAACGAAUUGGCAGACCACGGAAAAAAUACAAUGUUUCCGUUGAUUUUAACGAAUCCUUAGACCACAGUACAUCAAAAAUAGAUACAGAAUCAAUUGAAUAUCUCGCUAAACUUAAUUCGCCCACAAAAAAAACUAACGGUCUUUUGGGCUAUUUUCCAAAAAAAGAAUCACCUAACGUAAAAACAACUAAAGUUAUAGGUGCAUUAUGUACCGAAACCCGUAAUCGAAAAAGAAAAAGUUCUAUGGUAAAAACUGAUACAUUGGUAAAAAGUACUGUAACACCUGAUACGCCUAGUGGCCGACCCAGAAGAUCAUGUGCAAGUAAAUCACGUUACGAUUAUUAUUUAGAAAAAAGUCAAAAAGCAACUCCGAGAACCCAAAAAUACAACGCAUAUAACGUUAUAAUGAACGAACUUGAUUCGACCAAUGAUAAGGAAGAAGAAUCUAAUAACAUUAUUAUCCUGGAUGAUACCAUCCUUGAACAAUUUGAUACCGGUGCUAGUGCACCACAAACUACUCCGAAAAAAUUAGCGCCUUUAUUCGUACGUUCUUUUUCAAAACCCGAUAUUAACCCAGAAAUACUUAAGGCACGUCAAGCUUUUCUGCAUUCAGGGGUUCCUGAAAGAUUGCGUCUAGAGCAGGAAAAACAGAAGCAAUGCGAGCAAAACUAUGAGGGCGCUGUAGAAUUGUUUCCCAAAAUUUCGCACAUACAACAGCUACCUCAAAAAAUGUUAAUUAAGGAAGAUUCAACAUUAAUGACGAUAAUUAAACUACGAUCUGAAGUACAAUCAUCAUAUAUUCUUCAAUCAACUCAACGUCAUAGAAUACAGUCAUUUACAAGGCGUUCCUUUGGAAGUAAUUUAACCGAUUGCAUAUUGAAAGGUUUUCAAGCAAAAACAUUAAAAUCUUUUUCAAUAAAUGCUGAUUUGAACCCCUUACCUAUUUUGGCUAAUAAACGAGAAAUUGUUAAGUCUUGGAAAGCGGAAUUUGAACCUUUCCGCACUUACAAAUGUUACAAUCAAAUGCGUGAAAAGUAUCGCUUUUUCAGUGCUAUCGACUCUGCCCAGGAUACUGAACAAGUUACAGAGUCGUUUAUGGUUACACGUCACGCAAGACGGCCGUUACUUAACACUAAAUCGAAAUUAAUAUCAGACGAAGAAUGUUCUCCUCCAACGGCAGCACCUAAUGGAGAAUUGCUUUUUAGUGAAAAAUAUAAACCUUUGUUACUUGAGCAAGUGUUGGUUAAUUUAAGUCCUGUAAAACAACUUAAAGAUUUUUUAUCAUACUGGACCAAUGGCUCGGUAAAUGGACGCAAUCAUCAAAGUACUGAUCCUUUUGAUUUUAUGGAUCUGAAUGAGUCUUACUCAAGUCAACAGAAACUCUGCGGCAAUACAGUGGUUUUGCUGGGUCCUCUUUCUAGUGAAAUUAACGCUGGCAUGAAAAGGACUGGGAAACGUUUAAUACAAGAUUUACAAGAAGCUACGCAAUCACAUCAGAUUCGUAAAGAUUCUAUAGGCGUCGCUAAUUGCCCUGGUCAAAAUCUCUUAAAAGCAUCGUUCAACGGUUUGAAGUCAAAAGCUUCCAAUAAGCGAAAGGGUUCAAAUUCGGCUUCUAUAAAAUUAACAACAGAUUCAAAUUUUGGGGAUCCAGCAGGAAAUACUACGAGGAAGUCUUUAAUAUUGAUUGAGGAUGCCGACGUUGUCUUUGAACAAACUGAUUCUGGUUUCACUGAUGCCAUUUACACUUUGGCGGGUAGUUCCAAACGACCAGUCAUCAUUGUUGCCUCCAAUCCAAAUUGUACUCAUCUACAAAAGCUUAUGCAGCAGAAUACAAUACAUUUCAAACCUCCGAAUGUUCUAAAUAUAACAAAAUUUUUGGCGAUUCUUUCACUAAUAGAGAAUUGUCCUGUAAGAAGGCAUGAUCUAAUCUCCUUAUAUUUGUAUAAUCAACUUGAUUUAAGGAGGACAUUACUUGAAUUGCAAUUCUUUAUACAAAGCGGCGGUGACCGCCGACAAUUGAAAUCAUUAUCAACAAACGACAAUUCGGAAAAACGCCGGAUUAAAGUUGACAGUGGAAAUUUUAGCUAUUUUGCUUCACCACGCAAAAGGCAAUUCUCUAUAGAACAAGAAACAGGCAACAUUGUAAACGCAAUGCCGGAUUUCGAAGAAAUACACACCAAUUCUGAGAUCCAAGAGUCCACCAUUUAUACGCAUUGUUCGUUAUUUGAAUUCUAUGCAGCACGACAAAAUAGUAAGUGCCUUAUACCAUGUCCAGUAGAUUUUCAUUUGUUGUCUGCAAAUUUGACUGAUAUACUUCGUGCAUCGAAAAAGCUUCAGGAUUUAGGUACGUGGUCAACGGAUAAUAAUUCAAAAACUGUUAAGCGUAAAUCCCGAUCUCCGAAGAAGCAAUGGCUUAAUAGUGCCACACAGACUAGUAGCUGUGUAACACCGCUUGACAAUUUAUGUAGAUUUUAUGAAAAUCUCUCCAUAUCGUCACUAUGCGACAAGCAAGCAAUCAGUAAGCUCUGUAUGCUGAACGGUAGCGAACAUCAGAUGAAGUCAAAGUUUGGGGUUGUCGAUCGUUUAGUGCCACACCUUUCAGAAGAUAUAUCCCAUUUUCUACUAGAGCAAGCGAUCUCGAUUAACUUAGAUGCUCAAUCUUGUCCCUACAAUUUAUUCGUUCCAAUAAAAUCAAGUUGUUCUUUGUGUGAGGAACUAGGCCCCGAUCAGUUUCGUAAUAUCCGCGCUCGAUAUUUGGACUAUGAGCCCUCGUUGAGAUCUAUAUGCCGCAGUGAGAAAUUACGCGCUUCUGGAGAACGUCGUUCUACGCGUUUUUAUCAUUAUUUACGUAAUUACACUGUAAACGUGAGCAAUUUCUCGAAUCCUUACUUCGAAAAGGCUUGCGAUGUCUUUCAGGACACAGCAAGGGAAACAUAGAAGUAGGCUUAGAGAAGGCAAGUUGCAAAAGCAAUUUACUUACUAGUUUAUUAUUGUCAACAGUGAUAAUCUCAAUGGAAAAAUGUUUGCCUACCUAAUGACAAAAGAACCUGAACUUCUUCUAUAAAUGUGGCUUAUUUUUUGUAAUAUUAGACGGUUCAUAACGCAUUUAAUAAUUUAGUAAAUAAAACUGAGAAUUGUUGU